UUACCAUGUGGAGAAAUACAGUACUCCACCACGCUCAGCCGAUACGUGUAUACACAGCGGUGUAUUACCACUGGUCACUUAUUUACUCUUUGCUAAAAAACGUCGAGUUUAUAGUGUUGUGUGAAGUUUAAGAUCGGUGAUAAUAUGCGUAGUUGUGAGAAAGACCUGCGAUUGGUAGUGAGAGUUAGAGAGAAGUAAACAACCGUCGUAAGAAUGGCUGGAGCUCCAGACACGACUCUCUUAUCGCUGGAAAAUGCUUACGAAAUGCUGAACGCCCCUUUGACUACCUUGGUUACUGAAACUAACAGUUGUGACGAUAAUUAUACUUCAAAUGUCUGUAGUGAAGGUCAGUCAUGCCAGAAAGAAACAACUAUGCAGCCAGUUCAGUGCCACCUGGCACCAGCAGUGAAUCAGUCAACAAAUGUGUCAUGGGGGCAGGGUAACUAUCAUACUGAUGGAACAGGAUUUGGUAUUGGUAAAGAACAUAUUAACCAUAACUUCCCUUCCGGCAAUACAAAACUAGAGACAUAUUUAGUAAAUAUUGUGCCUCAAACAGCAAUAAUUCCUACAGCGUAUCCAGCAGGUAUGUCUCACACUGUGCCUCAAACAGCUCAAGCUCAAGCAUUUAAUUUUGUAGGAGACCAGUUACAGCCUCACACACAGCUCCUGCAUAAUGCUGUAAUUUCAGGCGGAGAUACAAAGGCUCUGUCCAACGAUGCAUCGACAGUUACUGUCGAUCAAACCUCGGGAAACAAGAUUAUGAAUUGUAAGUUAGAUAAUGGAAAAUCAGGAAGCCAAGCCUUAAAUUACGUUGAAGACGACACUGUGUGUAAUCUAAAUUCGGUGAACCUGGAAGAUUUUCAGAAUUUUGUUUACCACAUGCAGAAAAUAGGUGGGAGUAAAGCAUUUAGCACCAUCGAAAAUGCUGCUGAGCAAGCAGUUCAUUCACCAUUUGAAACACUAGGAAGUCAUGAAAAAUACACAGAAAAAGAAGUUUGUCAAUUCGGAUCUUUAAGUUGUGUUAACAUCCCAAAUGAUGACCUGGGAGCUAUGUGUGCUGACUCAUUUAUACAACAGUCCUCUGAUACUUCUCAACCUAACACUGCACAGCCCAAAGAUGGAACAGUCAACUGUAUUGACGAUCACUUAGACUCAACCGGAAAAUGUACAAAUAGUGUUGAAAUAAAUACACAAAAUAUAUUAGAGGAACGACUCCAAGUUGCAGACAACACUGGUACCUUACUUGUCUUGCAGUCAAUGGAUUCCCAAGUGAGGGAAACUAAAGACAUUAGGGAGAGUGCGGACAUCAUUCAGCCUACUAUAAACUCAGAACCACCAAUUGCUAUUAACUGCAUGAGUGGGACGAACAUGGCAAAAGGGUCAUUACGUCGUCGUAAGAGGAAACUACCCUCAACAAGAGAAAAGCUGUACGAUCAUCUGGUACCUUACGAAGAUGAAAACCAGGAAAGAAAGAGACUAGAUGCUAUCAGGGCCAAGAAAAACAGAGAAAAAAACAAGAAGUUGAUAGACCACCAGGCGGCUACCAUAAGACAACUACAGGCAGAGAAAGACAGUAUGGCUAAGGUGAUUGAAGGACAGCGUCAACACGAGAAGACUCUUCUGAAUUACAUAGAAGAAAAUUGCGGCAUCACCUUCCUUCCUUAUUGUAGUGUCAACACCAAGUGAGGUGGACUACUGUACAGUAGAAGUUGUCAUCAUCACCUAUCUCUGGAGGUCGUGAUCCCCUUCAGCAGCCUUCAAGAUGGAAAACAAAACAAGAGAGCAUCAGCGGAUACUUCAUGUGUAGAUUGAGUGUUGUUCUUACAUGGUUUCAUUUUUAAUGGACAAAUUACUCCUCCUGCUUUGAAAAAUAUAACCACGCGAAGAUUGGGCACCCCAUAUUAUUUCUCGUGAGGAUUAAACACCCUAACACUAACAUAACGUAAAAUAACAUAAAGCAACGUAACGUAAACUAAUGUAAAAUCCAUGUAAAGGUGCAGCUGAUUGGCUUGGUAUAAUGGCAGGAGAAGGGAAUAUUACAGCUCUUCCUGAUUUUAAAAACAUUUCAUAAUCAAUAGCAGUUUGUUUCACUUCUAACCUCUCGUCACCAUCUAGCAUAAAUCUAUAGCCCCACGGGACAAGAGAAAUGGGUUUUACAUGAUUAGUCUUUGAGACAACUAUGUAUUGCACAUUAACUUACUCAUCAUAACUUGGGAUAGCUAUACUCUUUAUGGUCUUCCUCAGCUUUUUUUUCCAUCCUCUGGGAUACAAUGGCCUUCAUACAUAUGUUCUUUAGUUGAAUAUGUGCUUUUCAUAACUUUCCCAUUACGGAGUUCAACCUGGGAGCAAGAUAAGCGACAGUACAGGAAAUAUCAUGGAAGGUACGAAAACGUUAUCGGUUUGAAUCUUAAAACUAAUAUAGUUCUCACUCAAAAUAUUGGAGUAUUUAUUCACCAAUUCCAAAUAAACAAAACUUCCUUGAAAUAUCGUAAAAACUGAGCACUUAAAUAUUAGAUUUUUACACGUAAAUACUAAAUAGGUGCGGUACAGUUAACCGAAGAUGUCUCAUCCCCACCCUCGGCCUCGUACUCGCAAUUUUACCUGGCAAUACUUGGUAAAGUUGGAUGUAAUGGUGAUUGUGAUUGGUGGAUUUAUUUUGGGCUGUAUCACUGUCAGGAUAAAUAUUGAACAUACCAUAGGUAGCAUUUUUAUAAUAAACUAUUCAUCAUUAUUUUAGACCAUGAGAAGUUUCCAAAUGUUCGUAUAUUUUUUUAGAUAAUUAAGAAAAUUUGAUGUGAGAAUUUUGUGGCAGCUGUGGUUGCAAUUGAGCUGCUAAUUCAUUAAUAUAAUUUUCUUCAUUAUUUAAUUAAAUUACGAAAUUUUGGAAAUAUCUCAUGAUCUAAAAUAAUGAUGAAUAGUUUAUUAUAAAAAUAUUAACUUUAUUUUGUUUAAUAUUUAUCCUGACAGUGAUUAGAUUGCGUUUAAGAGACCCAGAGUGGAGUUAGUGCAUAUUUGGUUGACUGUACAUCCAGUCAAUUAAAGUUACCGCGCUCCUGAAGAAAUACCAAAUUAGUGGUCUGUACCAUGUGAAACGCUGUGACAAGUAGAACGACCGACGUCAUGUAAAUUUCUCUAGAUAAAGACAUUGGUUGGGUUUCAAAUUAUAUUUAUUGAAAUAAUCAUUUAACUUUGAAAUCUGAAAUUGUGUUUGAUGUGGCUUUGAGGUACAUUGUCUAUGAUGCCUCAUACAUCGUGGCGGAGGAAUGCAUGUCCGGAAAAUAUAGCCACUUUUUUCUUUACUCUGGAAUGAUUGAGUGAUACGAUUAUUGAGUUAAAAUAAUACAUCUCAAAGGGAUGAGGUGAUAAGUCAUCCUUACCCCAGCCAUAUACACUGAAUCUUUCCGCCUGCUCCUAUCUUUCCUAUAUGUACAAUUUGUGUUCAUGAGAACCUGAUGGUAAUGUUUUAUGUUUCACACGUUUUCCAAAACCGCCAACGUAGGAAUGAGCUUUGUAGAACGCAAUGAUUUCUUAUUUAUUUUUGGUCUUAGUUAUAAAGUAAGGUUAACUGAAUACUUCUAAAUGCAGUAUAACUUUAGGCAAAAUCAAAUAUAUUUUAUAUUUUCAUAUAAAAAGUGAAAAACAUAUGAAACGUGACAUGAACCAGCGAAAGCCGCAUUGCGACCACUUAUAUUAACCCCGCUUCAUUAAACUACCUGGUGUUAUGCCUAUAACACUUAUGCUGCACAAAAUAAUUCUUGGUUUAUCAAUAAUAUUUUAGUAUUUAUUGAAUUCCUUGAGUAGGACUGAUUUUUUCAUCAUAUUACCUUGAGCUUCGGUCAGAUGUCUCAUCAUACCAUUAUACAUUAUACUGUAUACCAGUUACAAAGUGCUAAAGACUGUAUAAUCUGAACAAGUGACCCUAGUGUUCGGCAGUACUGACCUGUAGUAGUCGUUUGGGAGAUAUACAGUGUAUUUCUGUCACUACACUUAAAGAAUAAACAGUUGAGGAAUACAGUUCAUAUUGAGAUUGGUAUUCAGAUCAGAGAACACCGUAGAAGUGGUAUACGUAGUUUUAAAAGUUGAAUCCCUGAUGAAUUGUAUCGAGCAAACCAAAUGACUAUACUACAGGUCAGUACUGCCCAACACUGGUAUACUUUAUAAUGUUCCGACUGGUAACACUUGCCUUUGAAUAUUCAUUUUAUGAUACGGGGUUCCAAGCUUCUGCUACUCUGUUAUUUAAUUUUUUUGUUAAAAGUAUUAAUUUUAGCAGUCAAUAAUGUUCAGUAAUGAAUUUUUUUUCGUAAAGUUAGAAUGUACCCAAUGUUGCAGUUCAUUUUAUUUCUCAUACUAAGGUCUUAAUACUGAUGCUACUGUAUUCGAUUUCAGGUUAAAUAAUAUCGAAAUAUACCAAAUAAAUGUUAUUGUUUAUCUAUA